GGCGUAAAAGUCAGAAUUACGUUUACAUUUAUUUGAGUAUAUUUUUUUAUCAUUCCGAGGACAGUGCCCUUUAUACAACUCCCAAAUUCCUGUUCCAUUCUUAUUAUGCGUAAGAAACAGGGGGUGAAACAGAGCAGAGACAGAACAAGCACAUUACUAAAGGAGGUAGCAGGCGAAUCAAUGAGGCUUUCAAAUGCUACCCUUUGCUUGGUUUCUUAUAUUGUUUUCUCUCUUUUGCAGAAACCAACAUUUGCCGCCAAAAAGUCAUAUGUUGUAUACUUGGGAGGGCACUCACAUGGACUUGAAUCAGCAACGGUUGAUCUGGAUGCUGUGAAGGAAUCCCACUACGAGUUUCUUGGAUCAUUCUUGGGAAGUCGAGAUUAUGCUCGAGAAGCUAUCUUUUACUCGUACACGAGGCACAUCAAUGGUUUCGCUGCGAAUUUAGAGGAUGAAGUAGCAGCUGAGAUAGCAAGGCAUCCCAAAGUAGUUUCACUUUUCUUGAACAAAGGAAGAAACCUACACACAACGCGAUCGUGGGAAUUCCUAGGCUUGGAGCAGAAGGGUGUAGUCCCAUCCAACUCAAUCUGGAACAAGGCCAGAUAUGGUGAAGAUACAAUCAUCGGAAACCUCGACACCGGUGUAUGGCCGGAAUCAAAAAGCUUCAGCGAUGAUGGGUAUGGACCGAUUCCAUCAAAGUGGAAGGGAAUUUGUCAAAAUGACAAGGAUGAUGGAUUUCACUGCAACAGGAAGUUGAUUGGAGCAAGGUACUUCAACAAAGGCUAUGCGUCUAUUGUUGGCAAGCUCAACUCUUCCUUUGAUACACCACGUGACAAAGAAGGUCAUGGAACGCAUACCUUAUCAACUGCUGGGGGCAACUUGGUAGCCAAGGCAAGUGUUUUGGGCUUCGGCAAAGGAACAGCGAAAGGAGGAUCACCGAGAGCCAGAGUAGCAGCAUACAAGGUGUGCUGGCCUCCAGUUUCUGGAGAUGAAUGCUUUGAUGCUGAUAUAUUGGCAGCUUUUGAUGUGGCCAUUCAUGAUGGUGUUGAUGUGCUGUCUGUGUCACUGGGAGGAGAUCCCACACCCUUUUUCAAUGACAGCGUUGCAAUUGGGUCUUUUCAUGCUAUCAAGCAUGGAAUUGUCGUGGUCUGCUCAGCGGGUAAUUCUGGUCCUGCUUAUGGUACCGUCACCAACAUUGCACCAUGGCAGAUCACGGUUGGAGCCAGCACCAUGGAUAGGGAGUUUCCUAGUAUUGUCGUCCUCGGCAACAAUAUGCGAUACAAGGGACAAAGUCUAUCAGCUAACGAUUUGCCAGACAAGAAGUUCUUCCCACUUAUAAGUGCAGCAGAUGCUAAGGCGGCUAAUGCAUCAAUUGAAAAUGCAUUGUUAUGUCAGGCUGGUACCAUUGAUCCUGAGAAGGCAAGUGGAAAAUUCUUGGUAUGUCUUCGAGGGCAGAAUGCAAGAGUGGACAAAGGUCAGCAAGCUGCUCUGGCUGGUGCUGUUGGCAUGGUUCUUGCAAAUAACAUUCUCGCAGGGAAUGAAAUUAUUGCUGAUGCCCAUGUCCUCCCUGCUUCACAUAUCAAUUACACAGAUGGUCUUGCUGUUUUCACUUACAUUAAUUCAACAAAGUAUCCCACUGCUUAUAUCACGCCUGUAACCACACAAAUUGGCACAAAGCCAGCCCCCUUCAUGGCAGCAUUUUCGUCAAAGGGACCCAACACCAUCACACCCGAGAUCCUCAAGCCUGAUAUCACUGCACCAGGAGUGAGUGUAAUAGCUGCCUAUACAGAAGCACAAGGGCCAACAAAUGAAGAUUUUGAUAAGCGCCGAGUUCAAUUUAACUGUGUAUCGGGCACUUCAAUGUCAUGUCCUCAUGUUUCAGGCAUUGUUGGUCUUCUUAAAACCCUUUAUCCUGAUUGGAGUCCUGCAGCAAUCAAAUCAGCAAUUAUGACUAGUGCAACCACGUGGGACAACAUGAAGGAGCCAAUUCUAAAUGCAUCGAACAUCAAGGCAGGACCAUUUAGCUAUGGAGCAGGACAUAUACAACCAAACCUUGCAAUGGAUCCUGGACUUGUUUAUGACUUAGCAGCUACUGAUUACCUAAACUUUCUAUGCACUUUGGGGUACAAUGAAACACUAAUUUCAAUGUUCUCACAGAACCCGUAUAAAUGCCCCAAGCCAAUUAGUCUUGCCAACUUCAAUUACCCUUCAAUCGCAGUCCCUAACCUGGUUGGAUCCAUUACAGUGACUAGGACUGUUAAAAAUGUUGGUUCACCAGGUACUUACAGAGCCCAAGUGCAGAGACCAACCGGAAUUUCCGUCCAGGUUAAGCCAAAAAAAUUGAAGUUCAAAAAGGUUGGUGAAGAGAAGACAUUCAGUGUUACCCUGAACGUUAUGAAAGCCCAUCCGGUUAAGGAAUAUGUAUUUGGGCAGCUGAUAUGGUCAGAUCAUGUACACCAUGUGAGUAGUCCUAUAGUAGUGAAGGCAGUCUAGAGGCUGACAAAAAUUGCUUCAGCUAUUUUAAAAUUUUAAUCAUUGGAUUAAUCCUUUGAUCCUACUUAGUUGCUUUGGCAAUUAUUCUUCAAGGCGAUGCUGUUAUAUUUGACUAAGCAAUAAAUAUUGGCAAAAAGAAAACCUAUUAGAUGAAUGA